AUGGCUACGAACGAUUCUUCAAAGAGUAUCGAGAUGGAGGAUGUUCGACCUGGAAGUCAACGAACGCUUACACCCUCGGAUAAUGUCAGUGUGACAGGUAAGGUGCGGGAUGAAGAGGCGCCUAAGGAGCAAGAUGUUGUGCAGCCACAGGAUCCCAACGCUGUUGGAUGGGAUGGACCCGAUGAUCCCAACAAUCCCAUGAACUGGUCUGGAAAGAAGAAGUGGUCUUGUAUUGGUGCUUUGUCGGUUAUGACCCUUCUAACACCCCUCGGCUCAUCGAUGUUCGCACCCGGUGUCCCAGACAUCAUGCGGGAAUUCGAAACCUCGAACCGCAACAUCGCCACCUUCGUCGUCUCCGUCUACGUCCUCGGCUUCGCUUUCGGUCCUCUCUUGGCUGCUCCCCUUAGCGAAACAUACGGCCGUGCCAUCGUCUUCAACGUAGCCAACGUCCUCUUCCUUAUUAUGACCAUCUGCACCGCCCUGAGCCAGAACAUGCCCAUGCUCAUCGUCUUCCGUUUCCUGAUGGGCUUCUUUGGUUCCACGCCCAUCACCAACGGUAGUGGCACUAUCUCUGAUAUCUUUCCUGUGCAGGAGAGAGGUAAGGCCAUGGCUGUCUGGGCUAUGGGACCUUUGCUAGGACCCUGUAUUGGACCGCUUGCAGGUGGUUACAUGGUUCAAGCUAUUGGAUGGCGAUGGGUGUUCUGGGUGAUUGCUAUCUUCACUGGUGUUGUCAUGGUCCUCUGCUACUUUGUUGCACCGGAGACGUACGCACCUAUCCUUCUUCGUAAGAAGGCAAAGAAGCUCCGAAAGGAGACAGGCAACCAAGAUCUCUACUCUGUACUGGACGUCGCUGGCGUCACAGCCAAGCAGCGUUUCCAGGGUGCCAUCAUCCGCCCGAUGAAACUCCUUGUAACUCACCUUCCAGUCUUCAUCCUCUCACUCUACGUGGCUAUCGUCUACGGUGUGCUAUACCUAAUGUUCAGUACCUUCACCUUCGUCUUCGCCAUGCAGUACGGUUUCGGAACAGGAACAGUCGGUCUGGCCUACCUCCCUACUGGUAUCGGUAUGCUCUUCGGCACAAUGACCUUUGGAGUCUUGACGGAUAUUGUUGUAAAGAAGAAGAUUGCCAAGAAUGGCAAGACGGUGCCUGAGGACCGACUGCCUAUCUGGAUGACGCUACCUUCUGGUUUGCUCAUUGUUGCUUCUUUGUUCUGGUACGGUUGGUCGACGGAUCAGCACACGCAUUGGAUUGUGCCUAUGAUUGGCGUUGCCCUUUUCUGCUUUGGACUUAUGGGUAUUAUGAUGUGCCUGCAAACAUACCUCGUCGAUGCCUACAUCCAGUAUGCGGCUUCAGUGGUUGCCGCCAUGACUGUCCUUCGAUCUCUGGCUGGUGCCCUGCUUCCUUUAGCUGGUUUGUCCAUGUAUGACGACCUUGGCCUUGGCUGGGGUAACAGUAUUCUGGCUUUCCUGGCUCUAGUGCUUGUGCCUGUGCCGGUCAUAUUCUGUUUGUACGGACCCAAGAUCCGAGCAAAGACUCCCAACAAUCUUGAGUAG